UUGCCCGAAGUGAUAGAUACUAUGAUCUCUAGUCAUUGUCUGGAAUUGGUAGUAAGCCCUGGUCCACGUAAAAUAUACAUGGCUGCAUCACCAUCACAAGAACAGAAAGAAGCAAAGAAAAACCUUAUCCAACGCCGAUGACUAUCAUCACCCUCCCCCUCUCCCUCCCUUGCUCCAAUCCCUUCAUCUCCCUCUCUUUUUAUCCCAAACGAAUCAGAUUUACUCCACAAUCCUCUUCACAGCUCUCUCCCAUCACUUCCUCCCCAUCACCGCCGUCCCUCCCCAAAACCGGAGUCAUUGUCAUUGGCGCUGGACUCGCCGGGCUCGCUGCUGCCACCCACCUCAACUCCAAAAACAUCCCCUUCCUCCUCCUCGAAGCUUCCGACGCCAUCGGCGGCCGCGUUCGCACCGACAUUGUCGACGGCUUCCGCCUAGAUCGUGGCUUCCAAAUCUUCAUUACCGCCUACCCCGAAGCCCAGAAGCUACUGGACUAUCAAUCUCUCAACCUCCAAAAGUUCUACUCCGGCGCCCGUAUCUUCUAUGAUGGUCAGUUUCACACCGUCGCCGACCCCCUCCGCCACUUCUUGGACUCCGCCAGGUCCCUCGCCAACCCAAUCGGAUCCCUCGUCGAUAAGCUCCUCAUUGGAUCCACUCGAAUUGGAGUCCUCACCAGAUCUGAUGAAGAUAUUCUAUCCGCAGAGGAGGUUCCCACCAUCGAACUUCUGAAGAAGCUUGGAUUUUCCGAUUCAAUUAUCGGGCGAUUCUUCCGCCCCUUCUUCGGUGGAAUCUUCUUUGAUAGAGAGCUCCAAACGACGUCGCGCUUGUUUGACUUCAUCUUCAAGUGCCUUGCCCUCGGGGACAACACUAUCCCUGCGAACGGCAUAUCGGCGAUUCCGGAGCAGCUAGCAGCCAGGUUGCCGUCCGGCUCAGUCCUCCUGAACUCGAAGGCCGUUUCUGUCGAAAUCGACGGCGUCGAAUUGCCUAGCGUGAGGUUGCAGAGCGGCGAGGUUUUGACUAGCGAGCUUGGUGUUAUCGUGGCGGUUGAAGAACCGGUAGCGGCUCAGUUAUUGGCGGGAAGGAACGGUCCGGUUUCGAAAAAACCGGCCCGUAGCACGGUCUGUAUUUAUUUUAGUGCGAACUCGGAUGAGAUACCGGUUAGUGAUCCGGUUCUGUUUCUGAAUGGGUCGGGUAAGGGGAUUGUGAAUAACAUGUUCUUUGCGACCAACGUGGCUCCAUCAUAUGGACCACCCGAUAAGGCUCUGAUUUCAGUAUCUCUGAUUGGGCUAUUUGAGGGUGAGACUGAUGAUGAACUAGCGAAUAAGGUGGUCCAAGAGCUCUCGGGUUGGUUUGGAGAGAGAGUGGUUCGUGAGUGGAAGUACUUGAGGACUUACCGGGUCGGUUUUGCCCAACCCAAUCAGUGCCCGCCCACGGAUCUUAGUAAGAACCCGAGAAUUGAGUCCGGUUUGUAUGUUUGCGGUGACUAUUUGACGUCUGCCACGUUUGAUGGCGCUUUGGUCUCUGGGAGGAGAGCUGCAGAGUGUUUGUUGAAGGAUAGGGCCUUAACUCCGCCUUAAGAAUCUUGUACAUUUACAAUUAUCAGAGAUAAUUAUAUUUGGACAGAAAAUGAAUUUGUUAGCUGUCUUUUUUGGUAUCUUUAUCAUGUUUAGAUCUAUUGUAGCCAUCCAUAUGCAAUAUAACAAAAAAUGAAGGAGCCGCACCUUAUGCUUUUAGCUUA